UAUUUCCGGUCUUUUGGGUGCUGACGUUCUCUUCCGGUCGUGGUGGCGCCCGGGCCUUUGGGAUGCUCACGAUGAGGCUGCUGGCGUUUGUGGCUCUGUUAGCUGUCACUCAAGCAGAGGAAGGAGCCAGACUUCUGGCCUCCAAGUCCCUGCUGAACCGAUAUGCGGUGGAGGGGCGAGACCUGACUUUACAGUACAACAUCUACAAUGUUGGCUCAAGUGCUGCAUUAGAUGUGGAAUUAUCUGAUGAUUCCUUCCCUCCAGAAGACUUUGGCAUUGUCUCCGGUAUGCUCAAUGUCAAAUGGGACCGGAUUGCCCCUGCUAGCAACGUCUCCCACACCGUGGUCCUGCGUCCUCUCAAGGCUGGUUACUUCAACUUCACCUCAGCCACAAUUACUUACCUGGCCCAAGAGGACGGUCCUGUUGUGGUUGGCUCCACCAGUGCACCUGGGCAGGGAGGAAUCCUGGCUCAGCGGGAGUUUGACAGAAGAUUCUCCCCUCAUUUUCUGGACUGGGCAGCCUUUGGGGUUAUGACCCUUCCGUCCAUUGGCAUCCCCCUGCUCUUGUGGUACUCCAGCAAAAGGAAAUACGACACCCCCAAAACCAAGAAGAACUGAGUGGGGCUUCCAUGGCCCUCCUCUCCCAAGAAAACAGGUGCUUUCCAGACUCCAGCGGGAUCUUAGAUGCAAUCUCUUCCCCCUUACCCUUGGCCACCUUCUCCUGGACCCUGCCCUGCUCUCAACCAGAAUGAAGGACCCAGCCUGGGAGUCUGAGAGCCUCGGUGGUUCCUCUGUGAAGCCAUACAGACAGGACGGCCUUCAGCCCCAGCGUGCGCCUAGAGGCUGUCUGGGGCCCCACCGAGGUGCUGUUGGUAUUUGGCUGCAACGUGAACUCUCCGGUCCAGGAGAGGCCUUUCAGAGAUGUCUGACACCACCCUGUCCCCUUCCUCCUCUUUCAGAAGAGGGUGAGAGAUGAAAUGAAAGCUGUGGGACUCUCAGAGGCUAUCCAGUCUCUUCUGGGUUAGGGAAGCGCUUACCAAAUGGGGUUUUUUAAUAAAAACAAAUGC